AUGACUAAAAUGCAGAGGCUUGAUUCGUUGAAAGAGCUUUUAAAACAUGUGUAUGAUAGAAAUGACCCUGAACAAAAACCUAGUUCCAUGGAGGGAAUUAAAAAGCAAAAAACUCCUACAUCAUUAACGGAGCAAGUUUUGGUGGGACUUUUGAACGAUCUUUUUUCCACUUGCGUUUUCCGUUCAGUUCCUUUAAUGGACGAGUCACCCAUAAGUUUGACAAAAACCAAGCCGGAUCCAAAAAAAGAUCGCUACAUGAUAUAUUUAAAAUGGACAAAACCAGAAAUUUUUAUUCAAUCGAUUUCCCACAAAUUUACAACUUUCACAGGAAAACCAACCCCUAUUCAAGGCAAGAUGACUAGAUAUGGAGAAAAGAGUGUUAUAUUAUCUAUGGGUCUUUCAACAUCAUUUAGAGCAUACUUAAAACCAUUUCGUUAUUCAAACAAGAUACCUGUCAGUAUCUUGAACGAAUUUAUCGAUGUUGAGAUAAACAAAGGUGGAUUGUGGGCAUAUCAAUCUUUACCUGCUUUUUUAUCCUCUGAAACAAAGGAUACCAAAGAACAAACUGAAAGGAGAAACAAUCUUUUAAAAAUAGCCAAUGAACAGCUUGAUGAAAUCCAGCCAUCAACUAUUGUAUCCAUUUUAUGGUCUUUGUAUUUCAUACAAGAUCACAAACGCAUGCACAAGUUGUGUAUGAUAUUGUGUAAUGAGUUCAUGCAGAACUACCAGAGUGACACAAGAAACUUUGUUUAUUUCCUUUAUUUAUGCAGUAAAAUGGAGUUAAUUCCAAAUGAAAAGUUGGAAGAGAUUGUAUAUUCCAAAUUUAACAACGUAACUAUCUUAGAAAAUCUCACGGUUCCAGACAUUGUUAUACUAACUAACAUCACAAACUUUAGUAAAAACACUACUCUCACACAGAAAAUAUCUACUCUUUUGUACUAUGAAAUAGAACACAUGAGUAAGGAAUGUGUUGUUUUCCUGAUCAGUGGACUUACAAAAAUGAACUUCCAGUUUCAUCUAAAUGAUUUGUUUUCUAAAAAACUCUUUUCAAGACUUUUGGCCGUAUACGACGAAAUUAAUUCUGACGAGCAGUUGAGUGUUAUAUUUUAUACCAUGUCUACAUUAACCUAUGGAGUUGUUGGCUAUUUAAAUGAAUUGAUAUCAAAGACUUUAACUAGGCUUCAUAGACUAUCAUCAGAUCAAAUUGUGAAAAUUGGUCUAUUAUAUGCAUUGGCUAUUCACACUUCACAGUUGGCUGACAAACUUAAUGAAAAGAAAACAGAGCCUAAAGAAAUUAAAGACAGGAUCUCAGGUAAACUGGAAGGUCCAGUUAGCACUUAUAUUGACGAUUGUCUCGAGUUUGUAUUCAGAAAAGCUGCAGUAAACUAUAAAUGCCCUGAGGCUGAUUUGCUUAUAAUGAUGAAUGGCCUCUUAAUACACACUCACAUUCCUUCAUCAUCCAAAAAAUUGGACGAGUUAGGUUUAGAAUUCGGUGAGUCUUGGAUAACUACAUUUAGAUGUACUAAAAGGGUUACAAAGUACAAUAAAAAUGUACCUAAAAUAGAUAUUAAUGCUUUGGAGGCUCAGGCGAAUAACCCAGCCUAUAGCAAGUGCUUUAAAAUGUUCUAUCUUAACUUAAUUGACGAAUUUUGUAACAGAACUGACGAGUUUAAAAGUGAAACCGUAGAUCAAAUUGUCUUUUCAUUACUAACAUUAAAAAUCGACUUAUCACCCAUCUAUGAGGCUGUCUUAAUAAGUAAAGGUGAAUCAAUAAGGCAGAAUGUGGGAUUUGUUGAAAUACGGAUUGUGGAGUCUGAUACUAUGGAAGAACAGUAUGAAAUGGCUAGGGAAGUAUUAACAUGGUCUAGGGCCAAGGACGGUAUUGACGUUCUCAAAAUUGGUGAUACUGUGGUAGAUUCAAGUCCAUUUGAAAAACUCGGCAUGUCAGUUGAAGUUACUUCCCACAAUAAUGAUGAGGAAAUUAAAGGAGAACCAGUUGAUACUACAAAAUCUGAUGUAUUGAAAGAUUCUGAAGAGGAUGCAGUAGAGGACUCUGGAGAGGAGGAAACAGAAAAAGAGGUAAUCAUUAUAAAAAAAGCUGAAUCUGUGGUCAAAGAUAAAGAAACGCCGAUUAAAAAUAGAGUUGAGUUUGAUGUGAAAGCUGAAGAGGAACCUGUAGAAAUUGUAGAAAGUGCGGAGCCUGUAGAAAUUGUAGAAAGUGCGGAAUCUGAUGAGGAAGAUAUUGUGUAUGUUGAAGAAGCAGAUAGUAGCAUUGCAAGCAGUGAGAAAUCCUGUAGCUCCAGCUCUGUUAUAGAGGAAAUAGUUGUUGAUACAAAAAAGAGUAAAAAUAAAAAUAAGGUUAAGAUUGAAACACCUGUUAAAAAAGAAAAGGCUAAGGAAAAGACUGUUUCUAAAAAGAAAGAAGAUGAAGAGAAACGCCCGGAAUCUGAGGAAAAGGUGAAAGAGACUAAUAUUGAGGAUUUAAUAAAAAUGGCUUCAAAAAUGGAUUCUUCAACUUUAGCUCAAGGGAGUCCAGUCUACGACCUUUUAAAAAAACUUUAUAAAAAGGAUUCCGAAGAUGUUGAGGAAAAGAAGGUAAAGAAGAUCGGGAAAUAUGAAUUAUUAAAUACACAGAGUUUAGAAGGUAAAGAGUCAAAGAGACAAAAAUCUAAAGAGGCAAACAAGUCCAAUUUAUAUAAAAUUUCAAAGUAUAGGCAAACUAGUGAGGAUUGGGUAAAUCUUGCCGUGGAAUCCAGAGAACCUACAAAAAAGGGGAAGAAAAAAGAUAAUAAACCUCAUUUGGAUGAAUUAGCAAAGAAGGAAGAUGUUUUUUAUAAAUUGAAAACAAACAAAAAAACGAGAGUUGAGUUGGAAAAGAGGGAAGUCCAAAUUGUUUACAAAUAUGUAAAAAUCAAGAACUAA